CAACACCUUCUUACUGACUUUGAUUAGUCCACUUUGAUAACUUCUUUCCUGGGAAAUUUCUCUCUAAUUCUUGAAUGGGAAGAAACCAGCAAGACUUUUGUCCAUUUUUAUUUCCUUCCGCCAUCUAUGGCGCUCUAGCUUCUUCUCAGUCAUCAACGCCGUCACCUCCGUCGUCGCCGCCGCCAUCUUAUUAUUCUUCUUCUCCCGAUUCUUCUUCUUCACUGAGUAUUACUUCUCCUUUCGUAGAUUAUUCAACUUCACAAUUUUCUUCACCGGCCAACGGCGGGAAUCUUAAUCGGCAAUGCACCGAAGAAAUUAUAGCUGAUAACUUUCUGCAGAAUGAUUUUAAUUUUGAUUUGUUUGUAUCGCCGAGUCAACAACAGCGACAAGAUAUAGCGACGGUGGUUGUAACUGCCGUACCACCGCAGCCGGUGAGUGGAGAAAAAGAUUACAGAGGAGUUAGGCGUGGGGCAGGGGGGAAAUACCGGGCAGAAAUUCGUGAUCGGCUAGGAACAUUUGAUACUGCUGUAGAAGCUGCCCGAGCUUACGAUAAUGCGGCUUUUAGGUUACGCGGAAGCAAAGCGAUUUUGAAUUUUCCUCUUGAAAUUGGCGAAUCUUCGUCAGUUAAUUCUAAGAAAAGAAAGAUUGAAAAGACGACGGCAGUUGUAAAGAUUAAAAAUUUGUCGCCAAAAAGGGAAGAAAAGACGACCACGACUGUUCCAUUGACGCCGUCAACGUGGAUGGGAUUUUGGGAUGAUGAUCAAGCAAUGGGGAUAUUUGACUUGCCAUAUCCGUUAUCGCCAUAUCCUGUAUUAGGAUAUUCACAGCUUAUGGUUGUGUGAAAAUUAAGCAGAUGUCAUGUUAUUAUCAAUAAUUGUAUUUUUAUAUUUAUAAUUGUUUGCUUGAUAUUAAUAAAAAAAAUAUAUUAAAAAAAUAAAAUGUCAUUCCUUGGCUAAUUAAUCAAUUCUAGAUUUUUUUUA